CCGCGCCUCUCCCGCCCGGGACGGACUGAGCCGAGCUGGCGCUCGCGCCGGGUCAGUCCUGCCGUCGCCGGGUCCCGCGGCGCCCGGCCGGGCUGCGGACACUGGGCACCAGCUAGUCCGCUUCCCGCGGACUGCCCCUGCCGCGCCCGGGAGAUGUCCGGCGGCCGGAGGAGGGGCAGCGCCCCCUGGCACAGCUUCUCCCGGUUCUUCGCUCCCCGAAGCCCUUCCCGGGACAAGGAAGAGGAAGAGGAGGAAAAGCCGGGGACGAGCCAGCCUCCCGCUGCCGGCCGGAGCGCUGCCAGUGUUGAAAAUGAACCCAUGAGCGCAAGUCAGAAAAAGGAAAAUGUACUUUCAUCAGAAGCAGUCAAGAUUCCCCAAAGUGAGGACAAAAGGAACCAUGCUGAGAAGCCAGUCACUCUUCCAACACAGGGAGAUCUCAAAAAGCCAAAUGAUCUUUCCGGUUCUACUUCAGAAACCAAAAUAGGAGAAAGUGAUAGACAGCCAAAAGAAAGCUUUUUUCACUUUCUUGGUAACCUGUUCAAUAUCUCAGGAAAAUCAUCUCUGGGUGAAGCUAAACAUUCUUCUUUCAAAGAUGACCAUGAUAAAACUGAGAAAGAUUUACAGAAUCCCAGUGACCAUCACGAGGAAGCCAUCAAAAGAGAGAGGGAGAUGAUCCGUGGCUCCCUGGGAACACAGACACUUCCAACAGAAGAGCAAGAGUCCAACUCAGCUGAACUCUCAGAUGCCUUUUCUUUGGAUACAACACAAGACAGUGAACAGGAAACCGGUGAUGAGCUAAAACAAAUUGAUGGUAAACCAGAGAGGCCUUCAGUAACAUAUGCAACGUAUCGAGGCCCCAGACAAAUUAGGAAAUAUUUAAAGCAACAGACUCUGUUGACAACUGUGAAUACCUUGGACAGAGAAAAUGAAAGUUCUGACUCUAGUACACACACACACACUGACCCUGGGAGUGAGAUCGAGGCUGGGCCGGUGCCAUCAUUGUCAUCAGCUAGCACAGACUCAUCUACAAAAGGAUAUUUGCUUGGAGGUCCAUUAGAAGACUCUGAUUGUAGCAAAAUAAGUCUCAACACAGAAAGCCACCUGACAAAAAACCCAGAACUGCAGAAUACUGCUUCUUCUAAGGCUCAUUUAAAUAUAAAUGAUCCUGGGGGCCCUGAGAGAAAUAGAUCAUCCCCUUCUUCUGUGACUAACUCCAGCUAUGCUGUUGAAGAAUCUGACUCACAGCACCAUUUAAGUUGUAUACCAGUUUCUCAGACUGACAAAAAUUUGGUAUAUUCAGCAUUGUUGACAGGAAGUAAUAGCAAAGUCCCUUGCAGUCCAGAUUUUCAAAGGCUAAGUACAGUGGAAAAUACGGUAAAAGAAAACAGCUCUGCGUUGAGUAAUAGGACAUUGAUGCAAAGAGAAGAGCAUGUUAAGCCUCAGAGCCCUGCUAUUUCUGACUUCUCUUCUAGUAAAUCUGAUGGGAGUGACACUACUGAACAAGAAAGUACAAAUUUGCCAAGUCCAAAUAAAUCAAUUAGGCAUGAAGAUCUGCAGUUGCCAGAGAGUGAGUGUUCUGACAAGCAAACUGUACAUAACUCAUCAAAGCAGUCUGCCAAUCGCACUGGUGCCACUGCUCUUCAGAGACAUGCUGUGAUAGACACAGAACUUGUAAAUGAAGGAAAGAGGUUGUCUGCUCAACACUCACAGAAAAUUUUGGCUGUUACAGAAAUCAGGCAAGAAACAGAAAGUACCUCAGCUGGUGAACCUAUAACUUUAAGUCAUGUAAAAGCUCCAGAAGAUAGAAUUGAGUCCUCACCAAAAGAUACUGACCGAUUGUUUGAAACAGAAGCCAAAAAUCUUGAUUUUAGGCCACAUGACAAAACUCCUCACAUUAUUAGAAAAAAUCAAAGGGACCCAGCCUCUGUAAAAUACAUCAGUGAAUCGACAGUUGUAGCAAGCUUAGAAAGUAUUAAUAAAAUAGCACCUGCAUCGAAUUUUGGACUUAAUAGAAAUCACAUUUCCAAAUCUCGUCUUGACUCUGAGAGUCCUCAACAAGCCAAAGUAUCACCUGAUGUUAAAACAGCUCUUACCCUUGACUGUAAAAAAUCAAAUUUCAGUACUUCACCUCCUACCUUUGUUUCUGGAGUUGGGAUGUUGAGCAAGGUAGAUAUUCCUGUGUUAAAGAAUGAGGCUUCCUCUGUGCUCAUUGAAACUGGGGAUGUCGUUGGCAUUUCCUGUCAGCCUACAAAGCAUCAAGAAGAAAAUGUGACAAAUCCUGUGGAGGCUGCAGACAGGAAGAAUCCUCAUCCUCCACCUCACUGUGAGCAUGCACCUGCAGUUCUUGAUUCCAAAGAAGUUCUUCCUGAUAGUGAAAAAUGCCAAAUUCCUCUAGGUCUUGAAGCCAGUGGCACUUACUUAACUGGGGUGGACCCACUGAGCUUUGAGUCUGGAAGCCUCACUGAGGAACACAGUUCCAUUUCAUCUCAAGACCCUAAUAAAGCAGAGUUAAUGCCUUCAAACACUAAUGCAAGUAAGAACAUGAUGGAGAAGUGUGAUCCUCUGUCCUUGGAAACCAAGACUGAUAACAUUGCUAAAAUUUUAUCAAACACUGAAGGUGAUGGUCAGAAGAGUGUUCCUGUUGAAUCUCAGUCUGGAAGAGGAAAAAUGAUACCCUUGUCCAAGAUAUCUGUUUCCCAAACAGAGCCCAGAAACAUUUCUCGGGAUAAAAUUUUUUCUUCUCCAUUUGAAAUUACAGAUGGGCUAGAAAAGCCUAUUUUAUUGGAAUUAACUUCUCUAGAGAUUGAACAGUACAAAAGUUUUGAACCAAUGGACCAUAAGGGGAUUAAAGAGAAAUGUUCAGCUUCUAGCCUUAAAGAGAAUUGCCAAGCUGAGGUUUCUCCACUUGCCUCCAAAUAUCAAGGUAUACAAGAAACAGAAGCAGACACCUUAACCUCUCCUCCUGCUCUUCUCGAAAGUAUUGUAUCUGGGAUUUUACCACCUGUUCAUGAUGAGAAAGUCAUUAGGGAAAUAGCACAGAAUUGUGAUGUCAACACUUGUAUGAUUCGUCAAUCUUUGGAUAAUUGUGGGACUAAAGAAAUCUGUGGUCUCUCAGAAAUGGCAGAACUGAGCUUAACUAAUAUUUCCCCAAAAUUCCAAGAAACUGACAGCAUAAAAGUAAAUUCACCUUUUCUAGGUUCUGAUAUCAGUUUGGAAAAAAAUGUUUUUGCAUCUGAGGAUUCAAGCUUUCAUAAUGUACCUUCUGUGCUGAGAUCAGAAAAUAAAGCCUCAUCUCACAAAAAGAAAGAGAACACUCAUUUUCUAAGUAGGGGUACUGAUAGUGUGUCUUCUUCCGCUAGUCACUCUGAAGAAGUUAGCAUGGUUAUAAAUUCACAUAAACCCCAAAAUAAUCUUGAUUCUGUAAGAGUCACCAAAGAUCUCACAUGCGAAGGUAACUCUUCAACUAACCUGCUGUAUCCUAAUAGCUCUUAUUUGGAAUUUGAAACACCUGUCUCAGUAGGGGCAGAAGUGACCCCAUUUCAGGAACAUUUUGGGAUUCAUACUGGGAAGGUAUCUCUUGAUUUCCCAACCACUGCCCAGUUUGACAAUCCCAUGGAAGCAGAGACUGGAGCAGUUGCUGGGGCUCCAACGUCAGUUAACAGCUCAAGCCAGCCGUGUUCUGAACCAUCUGCUGAACACAUAGAAGCUAGGAGAAGAGCACGUGACCAACUUUUGGACCUCAAAAGUGGUUUACUUAAAACGGCUGAUACACUAACUGAGGAAAUUGUUAAUUCUGUUAGGGAAGAAUUAAAAUCCAAAUACACAGUCGGUACCUGCCAGGAGCUAAUAGCCAUAGACAGUAUAAUGAAUCCAGGUACCCCAAAAGAAGACAUCCCUGAGAAAAACCCAUCAGAAGUGAUGCUAACAGGGAUCCAACUGUCAGAUGGUUUGGAAGAGCAGGGCAUGGAAAACGUGUCAGAAGCCAAAGAAGAGAAAGCCUGUGUUUCACCUACAGCUGGUGAGAAGAGUCUCCUUUUUGAUUCUGAUGGAAUGAAUGUAUCUUGUUUGUUAGAAGAUCAAGCCAGGGAGUUAGUCAAUGAAAUUAUUUAUUCAGCCCAAGAAAAUUUGACAAAUGAUGCUUUUGAAGAUACUGAGGAUACCUGGGAUUCUGAACUUCAGGCUAAUACUUCAAAAAUUCUGAACAGUGAUAGUGUUAAGCCACAUGAUGUAGUUAGGGAGUUCUUGGUAUCAGAACAGGCAGUUAAUCAAAGCACACAUGAAAUUAGUGAAAAUAAAAUAUUAAGUAGAUUCUUCUCUGUAAGUAACCUAGUUAGUGGUACAGAGCCAAUUAAAGGAAGAGAAAUUGUUGUCUACCAAAAAUCCCCAUUUUCUGGGAAUGGAGCUGGGCAAUCUGAUAGUAUAAAUUUGCAGGAAUCAGAUACUGUUUUACUAGCUAAUGACAUGCCACAUAAAGGGUUAGAUGAUAGGGUAAAAAGACAUUUAUUUUGCAGUGAGGACUGUAAGGAAACAACAGAAGUAGAGUAUGUGGAUAAUCACAAAACUGGGACAGAGGACACAAGAACCCUUGUGUUAAAUUUCAAAUGGCCUCCAUUUGUGAAUGAUGACAUCCAUGCCCCUGGUACGUCCAAAAGCAGUUUCUCUGAUAGUCUUGUAUGUAUGUCUGACAAAAGCUUGCCGGGACAUAGUAAAAACACACCUCUUGCAGUGUCAGAAAUAGGGAAAGUACACAAAAAGGAUAAUGAAGCAAAUAUAGGGAAAAUCGAGCUUAUACCUUCCAUGUUAGAAAUGGGAAAAACAAAUAAAAAGGAUGCUGAAUUGAACAUUAUGAAAUAUGAGACAGUCCCUCCAAUGUUAGAAAUGGGAAGAAUGCAUAAAACAAAUGUGGAACUAAAUACCACAAAAACUGAGCCAAGAGCUGAUGUGUUUAAUAUGGGAGAAACAUACCAAAUGGAUGCUGAGAGGCAUAUUGAAAAAACUGAGGGAUUACCUGUUACUUUAGGAAUGGAAAAAGCUCAUAAUAUGAAGGCUACUGAAGGGGAUAUUGGCAAAACUAAGGUGGUGCCUGUUAUGUCAGAAGCUAAAAAUAUCUACCAAAAGGAUGCUGAAGGGGAUAUCGCCAAGACAGAGGUGACACCCAUUACAGUAGAAAUGGAGAAUAUUUACCAAAAGCACGCUGAAGGGGAUGUUGGCAAGACCGGGGUGACAUCUGUGUCAGAAGUGGAAAAUCUCUACCAAAAAGAUGGUGAGGGGAUUACUGAAAAAGCUGAAGUGCCACCUCUUACAUUAGAGGUGGAAGAUACUUACCAAAAUGAUGCUGAAGGGGACAUUGUGAAGGCUGAAGUGACACCUGUGAGGUUAGAAAUGGAAAACAUUUACCCAAAGGAUGUUGAAAGAGAUAGUGGCAAAACUGAGGCGAUGCCAAUUAUGUUAGGAGUAUUAAACGUUUCCCAAAAAGAUGCCAAAGGGAUUACCGGAAAGACUGAGAGACCUGCGUUGGAAAUGGAAGCAACUUACUGGAAGGAUGCUGAGGAGGUCAUCAGGAACACUGACAUGGUGCCGUUUGUGGUAGAAGUGAAUGAAUCACGCAAGAAGGCAGCACCUGCCUCCUUAGAAAUGGAAAAAGCACUCAAGAGGAAUGCUAAAGAGACUAUUGGAACGAGCGUGUCUAUGCCCUCUAUGAUAGAAAGGGAAAGAACAUCCCCAGAAGAUUCUGGUGGGGAUCGAGAGAGAGACAGAGUGUUACCCACAGUGGUAGACGUUGAGAAAACACACGGAACAGGACCAGAAUUGACCGUUACACAAGUGAAGGCCAUACCUCCCAUAUUUGAAACUGAAAAAGCACCCCAAGAGUGUGCUGAAGGGGAUGUCGAAGAAAUGAAGCAAGAACCCACUGAAAUAAAGGAAGGCAUGAUAGCGCACGACAACAGACUUGCUUCACAUUUCAGGGAAUAUGAACCACCUACGUUAAGUAAGGAUUAUGAGGGCUAUCCAGCCUUAGCAAUGCCAGAUUUCCAACCUGAGGACACCGUAGUAAGGUUAGACCAAAGAAUGUCUGUUACUGCAGUCUAUGACAGGAGGCGAGAUCUGGAUUACAACGAUGAAAAAGGAGAAUAUGAUUUAGCUUUUGUUUCUCAGGAUGAACAAGAACAUUCUUCCUUUACUAUAUUAUAUGAAGAGCCCCUUCAAGACGAGGAGGACAAGUAUGCUUCUGCAGAAGUAAGAAGAACACGGUCUGUCUUGUUUCCUGAUACGUCCCCUGACAGCAUGCCCGUGCUGGCAUGUGAAAGAUCAGAGAGUAGAACCGACCUUGUCCAUCACUUUGAAAAAGAUACUAAAUUAGGUGAGACAUUUGAUAGUGAUAGUUCAGAAAUGUUCUUAUCAGUGGAGGCCAAAAGGUACAAAAUUUACCCUUUAGCUUUGUCUCCCAUUUAUGAGGAUGACAGCUCACAGGAGGACAUUCUCUCUAAUGAGGUGUCACCAGGUCACCAUGGCUCCAUGAAAUCAAGAGAGAGUGAAAACCAGCCCUCUUCUGUUUUAUCGCUUCUCCAGUCAGUGUCAGAGCGUUUAAAGAUGAAUUUUGAUGGAAAUGACAGACAGGCAACUGAGGAAGAAGAGGAGGAGGAGGAAGCCUUGUAUAAAGGAGGCCUGAGAGCUCAAAGGAGGGAGCAUGUUACCUUCCAGUUGCUAGAUCCUUCCAUCCCAUUUUACCCUGAGGAUGACCAGGAAAGCACUGAAAUUUCUAAGAAUUCAUAUGUCAUGUCAAAUGAACCUACUACCUCCAAUCUGCAAAUUGGUCUGUGGCCAGAAAAGACCUCAUUUCUCCAAAAAUCUGACCUUACUUCUAAACUACAUUCUUCUUUAAAGAGUGCUUAUCAUCAGUAUUUGCAGACUUCCAAAACUCAUUCCUCGGAAAAAGGAGCCAGAUUUGGUGGGAUUUUACAGGAACCGGUGUCAAAGUAUUUCCGUGUUCAAGACAACUCAGGCAGAUUGAACCCAUUCAUAGAGAAUCUUGACAAACAAACUCUCAGAUGUAACCCAAGACCUGGGAAGAUGGUUAUCUAUGAUCUACAUGGAAGUAAAUAUAAACAAGAGGUUUACUGUAAUAUUCCUGAUGCUACAUCAUGGUCCUUUCCGAAUGGGGUACUAAUAAAAGUUGUAAGGGGCUGCUGGAUUAUAUAUGAGAAACCACAUUUCCAAGGUCAGAAAUGUGUGUUAGAAGAAGGGGAAAAGGUGUUAAAUCGUGAUUGGAUUCUUCAGAACAGAAGGCAUCCACAGAGAAACUUUGUAUUGGGUUCCGUCAAACGUGUGUUAAAGGAUUGCAGCAUUCCAGAGAUAGAGCUUUGCCCACAAUCUGACCAAGGAAGUUGUCCUAUCUAUAUACAGCGGGCAAUCCCUAAUUUGGAAGAACUGAAUAUCCCCAAAUCUAUGUCCUUCACUGUGAAGUCAGGAGUUUGGCUUGCCUACCCAGAUAUUAAUUUUAAGGGGCAAGCUACAGUUUUGGAGGAGGACCAUGGCCUCUUUGAGAUUUCUGCAGCAGAAAUGAAGUCAUUGCAUCCACUUCAAAUGGGUGGACUGAAAGUGGAAAUGCCUAUGAACUUAAAGGUUAUUAUUUAUGAAAAACCUCACUUCCGUGGACAGGCCAAGGAGUUUAGUGAACAUAUAGAUUCUGUCUCUAAUUUUUUAAAAAAUAAUGGGGACCUCCAUGGAAUUGGAUCAAUUCGUGUCGUCGGUGGAGUGUGGGUUGCCUACGAAAAAGAACAUUUUAAAGGCCAGCAAUUCCUGCUUGAAGAGGGAGACUUUGAAGACAGUAAUGCUUGUGGGGCAUUAAGUGGCCCCAUCUUGUCUUUCCGGUACUUACAAGCUAAUUUUAUAGAAUCUUCUAUCACAUUGUUUGAAUCUGACCUAGAAAGUGGGAAGUUUAUUGACAUUACAAAUCAGGAAAUUUCUGACUUAGAAGAAACUGGCUUUGGCAGUGAAAUAAGAUCCAUUCACGUUAAAAGUGGAGUAUGGGUUGCCUACCAGCAGAAGUUCUUCUGUGGAGAACAAUACAUUUUAGAGAAAGGGAAAUACAAAUGCUUUUUCGAUUGGGGAGGAUCAAAUAAUAUAAUCAUGUCGAUACGACCUAUCCAACUGCUGUCAGAUGUCAGUUGGCUCCUGUAUUACCAAGAGGACAUUUUUGAUAAUCAGUGUGUACUAGAAGAAGGCCUCUAUGCCGACCUCACUUCCUGUGGCUGCCCAGCAUCUAGAGUCAAAUCUCUCAAGCCCAUUGACUAUGUUUUUGAAGAACCCUCCAUCAGCCUUUUUGCUCUGGAACAUUGUGAGGGAAGAGAGUUACAUCUAGAAGAGGCAGUGAACUCUGUUCUGAACAAGGACCUGCACUUCUACACCCAGUCUGUGUGGGUUAAAAGUGGACUAUGGAUAGCUUAUGAAGGAUCCAAUUUCUUGGGAAGGCAAAUCCUACUUGAGCCUAAUGAGAUCCCAAAUUGGACAGCAUUCAGUGGAUGGAAAACAAUCGGUUCCCUCCGUCCCAUGAAGCAGCCUGCAGUGUACAUCAGAAUAAAGAACCGAGCCCAGGAUGAGUAUCUGACAGUCACUGGAAAUCUGGCGGACACAAGGGCAACAUCUGUGUGCAUCUCUCCCUACAGUGGAAAGAAUACUCAGAUCUGGCACUACUGUCGAGGACUCUUUAAAUCCAAGGCCAGUGAUACAUGUCUUGAUGUGAUUGGUGGCCGGGACACACCUGGAGCUAAAGUGGCCCUGUGGACCGAACAUGGGCAAUUCAGGCAGAAGUGGAGACUGAAUAAAAAUGGAACUAUCAGCUCGUAUCUCAGUGAUCAACUUGUCCUUGAUGUUAAAGGAGGAAAUUAUUGUGACAAGACUCAUGUAAUUGUAAAUCAGCCCCUGGAGGGAGAAGAAACACAGAAAUGGGACAUUGAAAUAUUGUGAGAGAAUCAACUACAUCCCUAGAAAGAGCAGAGGAAGAAGGUAACCCACAUCCCUCAUUGUCCUGCACAUGUGGCAAGGAAGCUACUGUCCUCACGCUCCUGGAUCACUGAGCAGAAAGGACUUCUCUCCCAGGCUCUUAACCAUGGAAAAGCUAAAAUAUUCUUGCCAGUUACUCAGUGUUCCUGUGGAGAAAAUGUUACGAUUUCUGGGAAAGGUUCUAUUUCUGAUUGAUCUCCAGUUGUAGUGAGCAAGUUUCCUGAAGUCUGUGUUUUCUCUCCUAUCCACCAAACAUGAAUCCUAUUCCCGAUAGCCCAUUAUAGGACAGUGGUGAUGCCAUCACCCUGUAUUAGUUACU